AUGGAUGACCCACCCUAUGAAGACUGGAAGGUGUUGUUGGAGAAAACCUUACAGCCUGCCUCACAGUCCCUGCCUUCCACAUCCCAGCCUGCCUCACAACCCCUGCCUUCCACAUACCAGGCUGCCUCACAAACCCUGCCUUCCACAUCCCAGCCUGUCUCACAACCCCUGCUUUACACAUCCCAGGCUGCCUCACAACCCCUGCCUUCCACAUCCCAGCCUGCCUCACAACCCCUGCCUUCCACAUCCCAGCCUGCCUCACAACCCCUGCCUUACACAUCCCAGCCUGCCUCACAACCCUUGCCUUCCACAUCCCAGCCUGCUCCACAACCCCUGCCUUACACAUCCCAGCCUGCUCCACAACCUCUGCCUUCUACAAAGAAAAAUUCCAAAACGAUUGAUGAUUACCUCACGCUGCCCUCAUUCCCGAAGAAAAAAGGAUUAAAAAAGACCAUCGCACUGGUGGCAUGCAGAAUGUCUGAGUGA